AUGCUCCGUCGGUUCGGAUCGCUCCUGCUGUCCACAUCGGGGGUGAGGUGGGGCCGCGCCGCGCCGCUGUGCUCCCAGGCGGCCCCCCUGACGUCGCUCCAGGCGCCAUCGGAGCCCCCGACAUCUGCGGGAUUUUCGGAUGAAUUGCUGGGCAAAUUGGCGGAUGGGGAAUUGCUGCACGCCGAGUGCCUCAUCGGGGGGGAGAGGGUGUCUACCGUGGGGUCAAGGAACCCCGCUGAGGUUUACAAUCCCGCAACGGGCACCACGAUCGGGGCAGUUUCGCAGGCGGGGAAUGCAGAGGCUCUCGCAGCCAUAGCAGCCGCAGAUUCCAUGUUUCCUAUCUGGAAAGCCAUUCCUGCAGCUGACAGAGCCAAAAUCCUUCGGAGGUGGCAUGACUUGAUUAUCGAUGCUACAGAGGACCUUGCCACGAUCAUAACAAUGGAAUGUGGGAAGCCACUCCUGGAGUCCAAAGCUGAAGUUGCCAAUGGUGCAGCCUCAGUGGGGUGGAUGGCUGAGGAAUGCCGCAGAAUUGCUGGAAGUGUUCUGGAGCCUGGCAGCAGGGACAGGAAGAUGCUCACGGUCAAGGAGGCUGUUGGAGUUGUUGCUGCCAUCACCCCCUGGAAUUUUCCGUUGUCCAUGCCUGCUCGAAAAAUUGCGACCGCAUUGGCAGCGGGGUGCACGGUGGUGCUGAAACCUAGCGAGUUGGCCCCAUUGUCAGCAGCAGCACUUGGGGAGCUUGCGACAAGGGCGGGCCUGCCGUCAGGCUGUUUGAAUAUUUUGUUUGGUGAAGGAGAAGAUAUAGGAAACGAGUUGUUUGCUGCGGAUGCUGUGCGAAAGCUCAGCUUUACUGGCUCCGUCAAGGUUGGAAAGCUCCUGGCAGAGAAAGCAGCGCAUAGCAUCAAACGCGUGACCCUAGAGCUGGGAGGCAAUGCACCAUUCAUUGUGUUCGAGGAUGCUGACAUCGAACGGGCAGCGAGGGAUGCUGUGCGCUCAGCACUGCGCAAUGCUGGGCAAACCUGCAUAUGUGCAAACAGGAUAUUUGUACAGGACAGUCUUUAUGACAGCUUUGUUGAGUCUCUGAGUGAAUUCACGAGGGCAAUUAGGAUCGGCAAUGGGUUGGACAAGACUGUGCACAUGGGGCCCCUCAUAUCACCUGAGAGAUUGGACAGGGUUGAUGAGAUGGUUAUCGAUGCCGUCUCCAAAGGGGCGUUGACCACCACUGGCGGGCAGCGAGCGAAAAUACCGGGUCUAGACAAUGGCAACUUCUAUGAGCCUACGGUCCUGAGGGAUGCCAGCAUUGACAUGCGAUGUUUCAGAGAGGAAAACUUCGGUCCGAUCAUCCCCGUGUUCAAGUUCAAGACCGAGGACGAGGCCAUCCUGCUGGCCAACAAGACGGAGUAUGGCCUGGCGUCGUACUUCUACACCAGCGACUUGGCGCGCGCGUGGCGCGUGUCCAGGGCGCUGGAAUACGGGCUGGUGGGCGUCAACGAGGUGGCCAUCACCAGCGAGGCCGCGCCCUUCGGGGGCGUGAAGCAAUCAGGGAUCGGGAGGGAGCAUGGCCGGGAGGGGAUCGAGGAGUACCUGGAGACAAAGUACGUGUGCAUGGGCCUGGGCUACAGCGACCGGGGAUUCAGCACACUGCGGAAGACGGAGGAGGAGGAGAUGGAUUGA